AUGUCGAUGGCCCUGAAACAAGUUUUUAACAAAGAUAGGACAUUCCGGCCCAAGCGCAAGUUUGAGCCAGGCACACAGCGUUUUGAGCUGCACAAGAAGGCCCAGGCCUCAUUGAAUGCCGGCUUGGACCUGAAGCAGGCUGUUCAGCUUCCCCACGGGGAGGACCUCAACGACUGGGUCGCCGUCCAUGUUGUCGACUUCUUCAACCGUAUCAACCUCAUCUAUGGCACCAUCAGCGACUCUUGCACCGACAAGACAUGCCCCGUAAUGUCCGGCGGGCCCAAGUAUGAAUAUCGCUGGCAGGACGAGCACAAGUACAGGAGGCCCACAGCGCUGUCAGCUCCUAAAUACAUGAGCCUUCUCAUGGACUGGAUAGAGGUACAGAUCAACAAUGAAAAUAUCUUCCCAACUAAUGUUGGUACUCCAUUCCCUAAGACCUUCAUGCAGGUGGCAAAGAAGAUCUUAUCCCGCUUGUUCCGGGUGUUUGUCCAUGUCUACAUCCACCACUUUGAUCGUGUGAGCCAGAUGGGGGCCGAGGCUCAUGUCAACACCUGCUACAAGCAUUUCUAUUACUUUGUCACAGAGUUCAAUCUCACGGAUCAUAAAGAGCUGGAGCCUCUGAAAGAGAUGACCUCUCGAAUGUGCCACUAA